GAUCAUCAUGGCAGCCGUAGUGUAUGGGAACAGUCCGCGGCACAGCAGUCGUCACCAUCAGGGUCAUCUGCUGUCUCAACACUCACCGUACCACACGCAGUCAGCGAAUGCUGGCCAGCAUCACUCACUGCCACCACCGCCCGGACACCAUUCCCACCACUCGGUAUCGUCCGUGUCACCACCGUCGCAGAUCAUCACGCCUCCCACCUCGUACCUUUCCUCCGCCACCACUGCCAUCUCGUCGCAGCAAGCGGGCGGCGGCGUCGGUCAGCAGCAAUCGUCCCAACCCUCGUACUAUCAUCAUCACCAUUCGCAGUCGAUAUCGUUGCCACCGCAGCAUUCGCAAACACUCAGCACCUACCAUCAGCUGCGCAGUUCGAAGCGCAAGUCAGCGGUGGAACUGCUGGCCGAAAGUAAACCGUUCUACGUAAAGUCGGAAACGGUGCUUGAUCGGCAGCAGCAACUGCUGAACAAGCGUUCGAGUGGUGGAAGUGGAAGCGGCGGUGGUAGUGGCGCUAGUAGCGGAGGAGGAGGUGGCGGUGGUGGUGGAGGUGCAUCGCAGCAGAGUAGAAGUGGGGAGGGUGGAAGUACGGGAACGCUGAGCGGGUCGUACAUGGUAUCACCGUCGAGGACACUGCCAUCGUCCGCGGUUAGCCAGGCACUCCAGCAACAGGUGCAACAGCAGCAACAGCAGCAACAACAGCAGCAACAGCAACGACCAACUAACCGCCGGAGCGCCUCUUCCGGCUCCGACCUGCUGCAGACCAAGCUACGCAAGCUGCUGAACGCGGCCGACAGCAAAGAGACAAUAAUGCCCCCGGUCGACGUCGGGCUGAUCAAUUCUAAAUAUGGCCAACCGCUGGAAACGAGCUACAUCGGCACGGGUAUGGUCGGUGGCGGUGGUGGAAUUGCCGGCAGCCUGGAUGAUAUCGGAUACAUACAGCCGCCGAAAAACUAUCAGCAGCAGCUAACCGUACACCCGGAGCAGCCGAGCGAUGUGUCCGUGUUCUUCCCAAGUGCGUUCUUAUCGCCCCAGUCGCUACCGCCCCAUCCGGGCGGUGACGAUGAUCUGUAUCUGUACGGUGGACUGCACGAUAGUCUGGUGCUGACCGAUGAUUACCGUGCCAUUAGUCCGCCGGCGGAGUAUGCGGAGCAGCAGCAACAGCAGCAGCAGCAGCAACAUGGCGGCUCGCCUGAGAGUAAACAUCCUAUGGGAGGUGGCCACAGUCGCUACAACUACCAACGAUCGUACUCGCACUCACAGGCCGUAGUAACCGGUUCCGGUCAUCAUCCGACGGACGAGUCGGACUACUCGCCAACACAAUCGUACAACAUCAACAGCCACAAGUCACUUCCGGAUCUUCACUCGCAAAGCAGCCGCCAUUCGCCCCAUUCGGAGGCGCUCAGCUGCUGCAGCCGGGGCAACCGGUCCAAUCGCUCCGGUAGCUCCUUCAACCGGGACUCGGGCGGUUCCUCGGGUCACUAUACGCACCACAGCGAACCCUGCUGUAAGCAGCAGCAACAGCAGCACCAACAGCACCAAUCAACCCACCACCAGCUCUCACACCUUCCCCACUCCCAGAUGCUGAUGCAGCAACAUCAGCAACAGCAGCAGCAGCAGCAGCAGCAUCAUCCGCAACAUUACUCCUCGCAUCACUCCCAGCAACAGCACACGCUGUCACAGGCGGGACAGCAACAGGGUAACGAUUCGAUGAUGAUGCUCGGUGACUAUCGGCGCGAUAGUGGUUCCUCGACGCAGCACAGUGGCAAUUCGUACUACGCGUACGGCAUUCCCCCGCUACGCUACGACUGCAUCGAGUGUCGGGCGAAAAUUCGCGAGGAAGCGGACUGUCUGCUCAACUUCACCACACCCGAGGUCCCGGAAGCGUUCCAGGAUGGGUACAGCGAGAAGCAGCACCAGCUACAGCAGCAGCAGCAGCAGCAGCAACACCACUCAAUGUCCAAGAGCAGUCAGCACGCGAAGUACUACGAUGAUGCGCGUGGCCGAAAGUAUGGCUACAAGAACGUGCCCGGUCCACCGAUGUCUCCACUGUCGCCUGUUUCACCGCUUUCGCCACCGGAUCAGCAACAGUCGCAGCUAGACCUUAGCCCACCGCUCGGUACGUUUAAGCGGCAAAAGUGUUUGAGGUUCAAAAAUCGGAGCGGACGCCAGUCGGCUGUCAGCAAUCCGUCACCUUCGUCCGGUGGCCGCUGUGGACCGGGUGGGCCGGGUUCGAGUGCGAGUGCUGGCGCUGUCGGUGGCAGCCAGCUCGAUGACGAUCGUCGACCGAUUUUACGCUCCAAGAGUGACAUCAGCGAUCGCUACUGGAACCGCAGCCAGCCGGAGCGAAGUCUACCGGUGGCGGCUGAUGUACGCGAUCACCGGGAACGACGGGUGGAGAGGGAACGGGAUCGCGAUCGUGAUAGGGAACAGCUUGAGAAGCAACGCUCUCGCUCGGACAGCUUAACGCAGCUGGAACGCUUCUUCGAUCGGCUCGGAUUGGAUGAGGAAACGUACGAUCGGUACAUCGCACCGAAGGGUACACUGCAGCGCCGUUCGUCCGGCUCUUACCAUCACCAUUCCCACCACAGCAAUUCGGCCUCGUCGGACAUACAUCGCCUUUCGGACGAUUGCUCAGCUGGUGGUGGAAGUGGUGAAGGUGGUGGUGGUGGUGUUGGUGGUGCUGGUGGUGCAGAUUCCGAUGAGUCUAGUGCCGUCUUCUUUUCCGACGUGUCCACCAUCGAUUCGACCAAGCUGCCGGAUAGUACGGAAACGACCAACGGCCAGAUUGGUGCUUCCGGACCGCAGCAGCUGCUGGGAGGAACGGGACCAACGGUAGGGGCAGCCGUUGCAGGCCAGGGACCGUUGGUGGGCGAUGGGGCGCCACUGCUCGGUGGUGGACCGGCACCGCUCUACCGUACCAGCGAACCGCCUUCCAUCAUCGAGCGUAACGCGCGCAUCAUUAAGUGGCUGUGCAACUGCAAGAAGAUGCAGCUGACCUAGGGCCGACGGCACCGGAGGCGGACACCGCCCCGGUGGUCCCCGCCGACCGAACGUGCCGGCUACCGGCGACGGAAUUGAGCUGUGACAACUCCACCCCGCGGAACCAAGCCA